AUGCUGAAAUAUUUCUUUGUAUUGACCCUUCUUUUUGUUUUCUCAAAAGCUGAGAAAUCAAAAGAUAACUAUGGACUCAAAAAAGUGAUGAAGCCAGAAAGUCUCCGAGUUCGUGAAAAUGAUCAAAUUUUGGAUAUUUUGGAAGGCGAUUCACCCAUUGAGCAGAAAAUUCGCUUCAAAUUUCAAGAGGAGUCAAAUGGCCAACUGUGCGAUGUUUGCAAAACUCUGCUAGAAUCUGUUUCGGAAUACGUCAAAGAACAUGAGUCAACGAUCCCCGACGCGCUGAACGCUCUUUGUGAUGAGCUUUUUCAUACACAUCAAUCGGAAAAAGAUCUCUGUGAAGUGAUCGUUCAAUCUCAACUCAAAAACAUCAUUGCCUAUAUUGAAGAGGGGACAAAUCCCGAUAUUGCUUAUAGAAGAUUCCGACUGACCGAUGCCGGGCCUUCUUUUGCCAUUCACGGAGUACGAUUGAAUCGUUUGCAGGCCUUUCAACUUUUUACAAGUAACCCAUCAAUCACAGCAAACUUCUUGUUAGACUUUACCGUUUAUGAUUGUGCGGAACCCAGCUCUACUCCCAAUCCUACUCUGUUAAAAACUAAUUGCAUCGAUCAGCUUCCAUUUUCUAUUGAUGAAGAGCCAACUCUGGUGUUUGGUGAUUGGGAAGAAGUCUCUUUUGCCUCAAGCAUUGAUCCCACAAAAGUGAAUGGUCACUUUUACACAUCGCAUGUUGUCCUUGAAAACAAGAACCUAAUAACCGUUCGCGAGACCAAGUUUAACACCGGUGACUGGGGACUUUCGAUUCGUCUUGAGCAAUGGGUGAAUGACACAAGAAAAGUGCUUGUCAUUCCCGGAAUGCAACAACAUCCAGAAGAUUACUUUACUGUUCUUGUCAAGGAGACUUUUCUCGUCACUAUCGUCACUCCAUCAACGGUCUUCAGCCCGUAUACUAUUAUGGAAGUGUUUGGACAUGGAAUGGUCAUGGCUCUGACGGAUUGCCCGCUAUUUCAAACGGAACUCACGUGUGCCCGUGAUGUGCUUUAUUCUGUUUUUGCUGGUGCUGACCCGGGUAAAGUGGAGGAUGGAGGAAAUCGUUUAGCUGUUGAAACAGCUCAAAUUUUGAAAGCAUCCUCAACGUCGACCGCAACGAGUCUCUUUGCGAACACGCAAUGCGCUUUUUGCCUCAAGUUCAACCUCUUGAACAGCUUUAAUGACGUAAGGUAUGUGGACAUGGCUCGCUUCUCAAUUUGGUCUCCUGCGUUCAACCCAUGGGAAUAUGAUCAAAAUGAAAAAGUGGGAUGGAUUGGAGGCAACGCGUGCAGAGGAUCGUGCUUGAAUUUUGGUCAAAUUGCAAAUCAUCCAACCGAUGCACCACUACCAAAAUUCUCGAUAGAAAUUCAACAAUUGAUCGACAUAGGCUCUCUAUAUCUGACCGGGUUUUCGGUUCCGGACUGCAGCUUCUCAACACCAAAAGAGUAUAUAACGGAGGAGAGAACAGUUACCGAGCUUGAAACUUGGACGUUCACAGCACAAUGUGUAAUGAUUUCCUGGCGACCAAGUGACAUCGACGAAACCCGCCCUGAUACCAGUUAUCUUUUCACCGUUCGUCAACUUCCAGACUGCAAAGCGACUUAUCCACUGCUUGAUGAGAACUCACCGACUUUUGCCUUUCACGCCUCCGAUCUGCAAGCUUAUUCAAGUCUCUUAAAGCCU